AUGAGUGCAAUCGAAAUUUUUGUCAUUGUGUGUGCGUGGAUCGCUAGUGUUCAAACAACAGGACAUUUCUAUAAUCCAAAAAGUGAUCAAAAAGCAAGUGCAGGCUACCAUAUGAACCGAACACCAUAUACCGGUAUAAAUUAUCCUGUGAGUGAAACACCAUAUACCGGUACAAAUUAUCAUUCGGGCAGAGCACAACAUACCGGUACAAAUUAUCAUUCGGACAGAGCACAACAUACCGGUACAAAUUAUCAUUCGGACAGAGCACAACAUACCGGUAUAAAUUAUCAUUCGGGCAGAGCACAACAUACCGGUACAAAUUAUCAUUCGGGCAGAGCACAACAUACCGGUACAAAUUAUCCUUCGGGCAGAGCACAACAUACCGGUACAAAUUAUCCUUCGGGCAGAGCACAACAUACCGGUACAAAUUAUCCUUCGGGUAGAGCACAACAUACCAGUGCAAAUCCGGACAAAGAUAUCUUUUUCGAAAAAACUCGUGAUUAUGAAUAUAGAACUUUCAAGAAUGCUAAGCCAAAACCCGUUGCUAAGCCAAUUUUGUUCAAAAUUCCAAGGAAAAAUAAACCAAAACCAUUAGUUAUACCCGGAAAAGACUCUGUUUGGGAAAUGUUUCGUUUGAUAUCGAAAAACAAGAGUGUAGCAGGCAACACCGCAGCUGAUUCAAUAUACGUUGGUGGCGGCUAUUCUGCGAUGCCGAAAUAUCGCAAUGGAAAAGGUACACAGGAAGAAGGUGCUAUGGCUUUACUGUCUGGGCUGUUAACGUCACUUUUGCCACUUGCGGAGAAAGACAAGAAUGGUCAUUUUUUGCGGACAGAUGAUUUUCGUACCAAGGGAAGAUUUGUUUAUAAGCCAGGUACAUUUUCUAAGAAUAUCUGGCUUUCUGAAGGCAUGUAUCCAAGGGUAUCAUUGAACUUGUGGGAACAAUUUACACCGAACAAUACAGGCAAUGGUUUCUUUACAGAUCAUAUCGCGAGUCGUUAUUGCCGUAAUAAGGUUUCUAUAGAUAUAGAUAGACAAAAUUAUAUCAACAUUUACUCCAUGGUGGCACUUGACAGGAGAGGCAUGAGUCAAGCCGAAAUGGACAAAAAAUAUAAUGAUCUAUAUGUGGAUACUUUUGGUCAGAUAUCUGCUAUGUUGAAGAAUGCCUUGGAGGCACGCAAUAAUGCCAUAGUGAUAACAAUACCUGGCAGUGGAGUCUUCUCGAAUAUUGAUAGAGACCCAGCGAAAGGAAAGGAUGAAAGGUAUUUGGAUAUUGUUGAAGAAGCUACGGUAACUGCUAUCAAAAUCUACGGAUGGGACUUCGAUGAAAUCGUAUUAUGUGGCCAUAGGUCAGUGCCAAAAAUUUUUUACUAAACAUUCCGUCAGCGAUUGAAUUUGAAUAGUAUUGGUCUGAUAUCACCACUUUAAAAAAAGUUAAAAAUAAUAUUUUUAUGAAUUCAAACGGUGCUUUUGGAUUAUCUAUCAAUAUAAAAUUACUAGUUGC